AUGCACACCGGAACAGGAAAUAAGGCACACGAGAACAAGAAAUCAGGCAAACCGGAACCGGAAAUAAUGCACACCGGAACCGGAAAUAAUGCACACCGGAACCGGAAAUCAGGCAAACCUGAACCGGAAAUAGCCACACCGGAACCGAAAAUCAUGCACACCGGAACAGGAAAUAAGGCACACGAGAACAAGAAAUCAGGCAAACCGGAACCGGAAAUAAUGCACACCGGAACCGGAAAUAAUGCACACCGGAACCGGAAAUCAGGCAAACCGGAACCGGAAAUAAGCCACACCGGAACCGGAAAUAAUGCACACCGGAACCGGAAAUCAGGCAAACCUGAACCGGAAAUAAGCCACACCGGAACCGGAAAUAAUGCACACCGGAACCGGAAAAAUCAGGCAAACCGUAUGCGGAAAUCAGGCAAACCGUAUCCGGAAAUAAGCCACACCGGAACCAUAAAUAAGGCAAACCGGAAGUCGACAUCAGCCAAACCGAAACCCAAGAUGGCUGUGCGGCGCCGACACAAUCUCCUGACACAACUUACCACAGCCCUGAUAUUUUCUUCUUUAUGGAAGAUUGUGAAAGUUCACAGGUUUUGGGAGAUAGCAUCUGUGCUGAUAGCAUUCGAUCGUCACAAAGAAUGGCAGAUCAGAGAACUCAAAAUCAGGCCUCCGAGUGGCUCCAUGCUGCUGUACAGUCGGAACAAGGUGAGGUACCGCAAGGACGGCUACUGCUGGAAGAAGCGGCGCGAUGGCAAGACCAUCAGGGAGGAUCACAUGAAGCUCAAAGUGCAGGGGGUGGAGUGUAUCUAUGGCUCAUACGUGCACUCGGCAAUCCUCCCUACUUUCCAUAGACGCUGUUAUUGGUUGCUCCAGAAUCCUGACAUCGUUCUUGUCCACUACCUGAAUGUCCCCUACCCUGACAACACCAAACUGAGCAUUCCUGUUUUAUCUUACGACAUGGAGAAGAAAGAAUGGACCAAGGAGGAACUUGUUGAUCAGCUCAGGCCGAUGUUGGCGUGUGGCAGGAGAGUGGAUCUUGGUCCUGAGCAAGAACACAUGGUUGAAGAAACAAUUGAAGACUUUGUUCAACAGUUGAUUAACCUUCGGCAGGACAAAUCAGGCAAAGCCAAACCCCACAAAUGCACUCCUUCCUGUGACAAAAACUUUCCUCAUUCCAAAUGCACCAAGGACUCAUCACCUCCUAACACAGCCAGCCUGGCACACAAUCGCCUAGUGUCCAUGUUGCAGCGCCACACCCAACGCAGCGCCACCCAGUCGGUAGCCCCACCCACUCCCGAGCUUCACACCAGCCAGGUGGUGAUCACGCCCACUACGGCCCCCUCGUCCAACUCCACUCAAGACUUGAACCACACAGCUGCAGCUCCUGCUCCUCUCAUUCUAAACCUAGCAAGUCUCCACGGCAGUAAUGGUCUGAUCUUUGUCAGCGGACAUAACACAUCACCCAUCUCCAUCAUCAACAACUCUCUCACCACGCCCAUUCACACCAUCACCGCGGCAACCCUGGACACGCAGGGCCGUUUCCCUCAGCCUCAGAUACUCCAAACCAUUCCCCAAGUGCUUGCUGGUGUCAAGCAGGAUGAUAAAUUGUCACAACAUAUUCACAAUCUCCAUGCGCAUGACUCGAACAGAAAGUCUCCCGUUCCGAUGAAUAUUGCAAGUGAUGCUCUGUUGGAGCUGGCAGGCACCCAGCAGGAUUCGAAGGAUCUUUUUCUCGAUCAAAUGUCAGCUACAAUCUCAGAUACUCAGCGAAAUCUCCACAAUACAUUAGACUCGCUCAUUCGCGGGGACUGCUCGCACACUGUGGGAACACUAGUGAAAGAUAAUUCGGGGACUGAUAAUUGUGAUACUCUUGAUGGCAGCUUUUCCUCAUUUCCCAGUACUGAUCUCAAUCUUGAUUAUCUUCUCGACUUGCCCGAACUUUAUGACUGUCCUGAUUUGCCCGACACAAAUGCAAGUCUCGGGACGUCAAGUGGCGGAAUGCCGACUUCUGUCCCGCUCAUCAAUUGUGCUAACUGCCUCAGCAACCAACAAGCUCAACAAUCACAGCAGCAACGGGCAGAGUCGCAUCAAUCUUCAACAUCGACGUCUGCUACGUCAGACACGCAGACAGCAGACAACACUCACUCACAGACUGACACAGACAGCAGCUUCUCUCAGGGCGUCAUCACAGACUUCUCCCCUGACUGGUGCUACACAGAUGGUGGCACAAAGAUCCUGGUGACAGGCCCAUGGUUCUCCACGUCCACGUCCUACUCUGUUGUGUUCAACAGUAAGACGGUGCCUGCUACACUUGUACAGGCAGGGGUUCUCCGGUGCUUCACUCCAGCACAUGACGCCGGCCUGGUAACGCUGCAGGUGGCCAAUGAUGGGUUUGUCAUCUCCAACAGUGAGGUGUUCGAGUACAAGGCUCGGGAGAAGCACAGCACGCAGUCAGCUCACAACGAAUGGUUCUCAAUGGAUUCGACGGAGAUGAAACUGCUGCUGGUGGAGAGGUUGGAACAACUGGAGAAGAGGCUCAUGCCAGCUGACAAGAACACAACUUUCCUUGACAAGCAGCAUGCCCUGAAUGUUGACCAUGAGAACACCGAGUGUCGUCUUGUGCAGUAUGUGGAGCACCUGGCUGGUCGACCCUGGCAGAAACUGGAGACUUACCCCAAGGCUGGCCAUGGUGGACUGACUUUACUUCAUCUUGCGGCGGCCCUUGGCUACGCCAAACUCAUCAGCUCACUUGUUAGGUGGAGAUCUGACAUCUCUAAUUUAGUUUUAGAAUAUGAAGUUGAUGCUCACAGUGUGGACAACCAUGCCUGUACACCAUUGAUGUGGGCAUGUGCAAGAGGAAAUAUUGAUGCUUCACUGACGCUGUAUCAUAUCAACACGGGGCCACUCAGCAUCUGUAACAAGGAUGGACGUCUCCCGCUCACCGUUGCCCGAAGCAAGGGACAUCACAACCUUGCCAAUCAAAUCGAGCAGUUGGAGCAAGCUCGUCUGCAAGCCCCGCCCCCUUUCCCCCCAUGCACAUCCACAGCAUCAUUUGCUGGCGCAACUUCUUCUUUCACAACCUCGGACUCUAUCACUGCGUGUGACCUGUCACCAACUCCUUGCCAUAUAUUCCCCAGUUCUCACAAAAACAUUUGUGAUGAGAAGCAGGAAAACCUUCACAUCGACAUACCUCCUCCCCCUCCCUACCCAGGGGAUUCCAAGCUCGUCCGGCGACUCAGUGAACAAGUCAUUGGCACCUGUCAUCGCCAACUUAGCAAACGCUAUUCGGUGGAUAUAUUGCCGAGUGGGGCAACAAACGACCAGACCUCGCCCCAACAUGACGCUUUUCAGAAGCCAAUUCGGGAGGCCAAUUCUGAGCCACACCUGUCAUUGGUUGGUGAUCAUCCAAUCAGUGCAGUGACGGACUCUGCCUUGCUACCAGUUGCUCAACGUGAUCUGGCAUCGCCAGAUAUUCUCAUGCAGACCGAGUCUUUGCUCAACACCAUAGCGACGGAGUCUGGGAAGGAGACGGAUGGUCUCCUCAUGCAGAUGGACACAGAUGAGGUAUCAUCGGUGCGGAGUGACAGCCCUUUCAUUGAUGUAGAAAAGAUCUCAUCUGACGAGGAGGCGGAACACAAGGCAGCUGUUGCUGCUGCUGCUGCUGCCGCCGCCGCUGCUGUAGCAUCUGGUGAAGGUGGGGAUCAUGAAGGCAAGAACCAAAUGGUAACCCUCGCCAACCAGAUCAUCGCAGCCAUGCCGGAGCGUAUCAAGCUGUCUCCUGCCAAGGAGGAAGAGUGUGGAGUGAGCAGUCGAGCUCGGAGUGAGUCCUACAGCUCGGCCCCGUCUCAAGGCUCACCUCCCACCUCAUCCUUCGGGGAUGAUUCUGGAAUCUCAACACCCAUGACAGAUAGUCUGGCCUUUGAUGAGUACAGGUACACAGACCUGGGCACCCCUGCCUCGUCCCUGAGCCCGGACUCUACCUGUCUGCCCAGCCCCUACAGCCCCUACAGUUCCUACAGUUUCACUCUGGACUCCCCGCCCCCCACCACUGCUGACUUCACCGAGUACUUCAACGCGCCAGCCACGUACAUGGAGAAGGACUUUUCCCAACUCACACUCUCAGAUCAGGAACAGAGAAAGCUGUACGAGGCUGCCAAGGUGAUCCAGAAUGCGUAUCGGCUGUAUCGGGAUAAACAACAACUGCAGCAGCAGCGACAGAAGGAGAUAGAAGCCGCCAUCUUGAUCCAGAGCUACUAUCGGCGAUACAAACAGUAUGCAUACUUCAAGAAGAUGACCCAGGCAGCAGUGUUGAUCCAGAAUCAGUUCCGGAGUUACUACGCACAGAAACGUCUCAAGAAGAACCGAGACCCUGCGGCUGGCCUGCAGCGACAAGGACCGGAGAGACUGAAGAAGGGCCGCAACCAGUCCGUGAUCAUCCAGCAGAGAUACAGGUCUCACUAUCAGAGGAAGACGGAGAAGGAGGGUCGACAGUUGUCCGCUGAUGCAGCAGAUAGCUCCCCACCCCCCGAGCAAAGCAGCACAUCCAGAGACGGAACCCCACCAGUCGAUGCUGAGCCAGAUAUCCCCUACCCAGAAGAAGAGGAUGGGUGAGCCACCGUCAGGGACAGACACGCCCACCCACUGCUGGAUCUGUGACUGGGCAUGGCUGUUCAUCUUGGUGACACCCUCGGGAGGACAACCUCUGUCUGAACCACAAUGCCCAUGUCACGCUGUGUUCAACUGCUUAGGUAGCAAUGGCCUCCGGAGGACUUGUGAAGGAACAAGCUGUCGUUGUUGUCAGGUUGAGCCGUGUCGUUCUUUGACAUGCCUCGUCAGUAUGGGUUGGGACGUGAUGUAAAAGGGUGUGUAGCCUAUGUAUGUGUGACACCGGCGUUGUGAACAAGCUGUGGAAAUAGGCUUGCUGUGAAAUACCCACAGUUUCAACCCUUUGCUGUUUCAAGUUUGUCAUGGCUCGUCGUGGACUUUCAGGUUUGAUUCGUGACAAAUAGCUGCCAACUGUCCCAUUUUUUUAAUGUUUUUGUUACGAAUUUGCAACUUUUGUCCUUAAUUCCUGUUAAGAAUAUGCCAAUCUACAUAAAAAUAUCACAAGGUUUCAAUUUUCAUAGACACUGAUAAAGAGAGGGUCAUUAUUUAGCCUUACACCGUCAGCUAUAAAUGCUUCAUGUUUAUCGACUGGUAUAUCAUCAUAUUUAUAGGGUUGCAUUUGUUCAAUUGAGACACUCCACGGUAUUAUUGAAAGUUGCUUAAGUCGAGAUAGAAACAAACUUUAAAAUUAUGAACUGAGUUUCGGAAUCACAUGGCUGUAUUGUAUUGUAGUCGAUUCAUAUCGUCUGGCUUUGUUGUCAGUUAAAGAAGAUUGUUGGAAAAUACUAAACUGGGAAAAUUGGCAGCUAUGGUGACAGAUCCUGCCAUUUAAGUUCAUGUUUGUCAGCCAAUGUAUCAGUGACAAGCAUGAGCCACAUUGAUAUGAACAGGUCUUCAAUUUUCCAAUGGUGAAAACGUGCAGCUGAUUGACUCUGGACACGCCCAUCCUCCACUGGACUCUCCGCCUAGUGGCCCCGCCUUCUCCUCAAGGGUGCCCCGCCCUCUUCUCUACCCCUGCUGUGAUUGUUUCUUCAAGCUGCACCUCGCAGACACUGCUCAACACUGGACUACUCUCUGUUCUCAAUUGUUUCCGCAACUUGAGAUGACUCAUCAACGUAUUCAACAACAAGUGGUUUACCUCAACAGAGAAUCAGUGGGCGUGGUGGGUAAAUGACAUUUCAGCAGUUUGACAAGUUGACAGGUAAACCUGCAACAAUGAGAUAUGAUUUGACAUAAUAUUGUUAUGUAGAAACAUUAACUAUAUCAUAUUCAUAAAAGGUAUAUUUUCCUGCUUGUGUGUUUCAGCAAAUGGUAUUAUUUCAGUCCAGAUAUUUCUUAGUUCCAAAUAAUUUGAUAAUUAUUUUAUGAAAUUAUCGGUGAACAGAAUUCUAUGAAAUGAUUGUUUGGGAAAUUCCAUCAAGACAGAAUAUGAACUGUUUGAUAGGUAUAACUUUGAAGUUGACGGAUGACAAAGUAGAGAUAACAUAUGGAUAACUUCUUUAUUAACUGUAAAGGCGAUGUUUGCAAUGACAACGGUAUAAGAACAAUACCGAAACAUUGCCUUUACAGUAAAUAAAGGCAUUAAUUAACUCUACUUUGUCAAGACAGAAUGUAUCUAAAUUAUUCCCCUAAGAACUUUAUUCAGUGAACGAAAUAUUGUUGGGAAAUGUUUCUGAAGAACAUUGUAUUAGCAGUCCAAAUGUCAAGAUAUCAGGACAUGCAUGUCACAGUGUUGUAGUAGUAGAGUAUUGGAAUCCAUUGGACGAGGUAGAAUACAGGUACUAAUGGCUCACUGAAAAAGUCAAAUUGUAAGGUUCUAUGGAAGUUUGAAAUCCUGAGACAACACAGCUGACAACUAGCCUUUGAAUAGCCUAGUAGUUUAAUUAGGAUUUGACUUCAAGAGAAAACUGCUUUAGGUGGCAUCCUGUUGGUGACAAUUGCCAUGAUCUUACCUCCUCCUCUGACUUCCUAUCUAUUGCACAACACGUGUCCGUCUUGGGCAUCUCUGUGUUUCAUUGACCCUACUGUCCUGUCCACUAGUUACGACUGGAGUGUUGCUAGCUGUGGUAUUAACCAGAGCAGUGUUCUUAACCAACAUCCACAAGAUGGCCCUUUUGAUUUUUCAAGGUCAAACAUGGUUGAUUGUUUGUGGCUCCUGACAUUGGUGGGUAUCGACGUGAUAUAAUUAACCCAAACCAUGAUGAGAGAAGAUUGGGAAGAGUGGCGCCAUAUUGAAACAAAUAGGCCGAACAAACCCUGGAGAUAGUUGCCUUUGUUCCAACCGGAACCUUUUCUGGUUAGAACCAAGGUUUGAUACAGUUCUCUGUUGGUAACCGAAGACAUUUGGGUUGUACAGCCGAUGAAACGCUCAUGUUAAGUCAGCUGUUGAUGGCUCACAGACAUAUCAUGAUGUUGCAUUCAGCAUUGUCUAUUUCCUGUUUCUGUGAUAAUUCCCCAUGUCCUACUUACGCUGUUAAACUGGUCUUUCAUUUCUCCACUUGUUGAUGACAUCAGUUCCUAGGUAUUAAAGAUGUUUCUUGCAUGUUACUUAACUGUUAAUAGCCUUGCUACUGACUCGUUAUGUUUGUAAUUAAACUGUACAGCCAGU